CUUCCAGAAUGGCCACCUACAAGAUCCAGGUGGCCACAGGCAACAUCAUGUUGGCCGGCACCUACAGCACCGUCUCCAUCACUUUGAUCGGGACUCGAGGGAAGAGCCACAAGCAGCAGCUGAAUAACCGGGGACGGGACUUCGUUCCUGGGGCUGUGGACGAGUACGAGAUGCCCUGCGCGAGGGACCUGGGAGCGCUUCUGCUGGUCCAGCUCCACAAGGAGCCCUACCUGUUCUUCCCCAAGGACAGCUGGCUCUGUGACUUCGUCAAGGUGACGACCCAGCACGGGACAACCUACCACUUCCCCUCCUACCAGUGGCUGGAGGGCUACGGCACCUUGACGCUGCGGGAGGGUGCAGCCAAAACCGUUGCUGAUGAUUCCGGGAACUCCAUCCUUUUGGAACAUCGUAAGGAAGAGCUCAAAAGACGGCAAGAAUGCUACGGCUGGAAGGAAUAUGCCCCAGGCUGGCCGAGGUGCAUCGAUGCAGAAAGUACCGACGAUUUGGACUCCAGCUCUAAGUUCACCCUCACCAAGACCACCGUUUUUGGGCUGCGCGCCGCCAAGUCGGAACUUGAGCUGAGACUUAAAGGUUUCUCCAACCAGGAGGGUUCUUGGGAGAGUCUAGACGACAUCGGGAAGGUCUUCUGGUUCAAAAAAACCCCUGUCACAGAGUAUGUCGCAGAUCAUUGGAAAGACGAUGAUUUCUUUGGCUAUCAAUUCCUGAAUGGGGUCAACCCUGUGCUGCUCCAGAAAUGCACCGAGAUCCCAGCUAACUUCCCAGUCACCGAAAAGAUGGUGGCCGGGUCCCUGGGGAAUUCCACCACCCUUCAGAAAGAGCUGACGAAAGGGAACAUCUUCAUCGCAGACUACAAGAUCCUUGAGGACAUCCCAACGUGCUUUCUCAACGGUAAACCCCAAUAUCUGGCUGCUCCCCUCUGCCUGCUGCACCUGAACCCUGAAGGAAAGGUCAAGCCACUGGCUAUCCAGCUCAGUCAGACCCCUGGUUUUGAGACUCCCAUUUUCCUGCCCAGUGACCCCGAAUGGGACUGGACGCUCGCUAAGAUCUGGGUGAGGAUGGCCAACUUCCAUGUCCAUGAGGUCAACACCCACCUCCUGGAAGCACACUUCCAUUGCGAGGUCUACACCAUGGCCACCCUCCGCCAGCUACCUAUGUGCCACCCUAUCUACAAGCUCCUGAUACCUCACACCCGGUAUACACUCCACAUCAACACUCUAGCCCGCACCAGCCUUAUACAGCCAGGAGGGGUAUUUGAUAAGGCCACCGCCACAGGCCGCGAUGGGAUGCUGAAGCUGCUGGCAAAAGGUGUUCAGGCCUCCACUUAUACUGCCCUUUGCCUCCCGGAUGACCUCGAGAAAAGAGGAGUGGCCACUUUGCCCAAUUUCUACUUCCGGGAUGACGGGAUGAAGAUCUGGAACGCCAUACAGAAGCUGGCCUCUGGCAUUGUCGGUCUCUACUACAAAUCUGACACAGCAGUCAAGGAGGACCCCGAACUGCAAGCCUGGGUGCGCGAAAUUUUCACAGAAGCUUUCCUGGGCCUGAAGUCAUCCGGUGUCCCUUCUACACUGGAAACCAAGGAUGAGCUUGUCAAGUUCCUCACCAUGAUCAUCUUCUGCUGCUCCGCAAGGCAUGCUGCAGUCAACAGUGGGCAGUUUGAUUUCGCCGCCUGGAUGCCCAACACGCCCGCCACCUUGAGACAGCCUCCCCCCAAAAGCAAAGGCCUUGCCACCUUGAAGAGCAUAUUGGACACCUUGCCGGAAGUGAACUCCACCUGCGCGCUUCUCUCUCUGCUUUCAGUCGUGAGCUAUGAGCCGGGCGACCUGAGACCCCUGGGCUACUACCCUGAUGAGCACUUCACGGAAGAGGAGCCCCGAAAGCUGAUUGCCGAAUUCCAGGAGUGCCUGGCCAAGAUCUCCAAGGAAAUCGACCAGAGGAACAAGGAACUUCCCAUCGGCUACCUCUACUUGAACCCUUCUGAAGUACAGAACAGCGUCUCCAUAUAA